ACUCUUCCCGCUGGUGAAGGCAGAUAUCAGGUUCGGAUGAUUCCAUAUGAGGAUGAUGAGUUUACUCGGCCCUUCACUGGUAAAGUGGAUGCAGAGCUCGACCAGAAGAUGAAUGUGGAAGUUCGUGUCGAGGGGGUUGACAGCCGCCAGUUUGCCCUGGUGAUGGAGUCGUGGUGGGCUACACCUGUGAAUGAUCCUGAUCACAGUCUCCGCUGGGAUCUCAUCGUUACAGAGUGUCCCAAUCCAAAUGACGACACAGUGGAGCUGCUGCAGAACGGCGUCUCGACAUCCAGCCGUUUCUCCUUCAGGAUGUUCAUCUUCACUGCAAACUCCUCUAAGCUUUACCUGCACUGCGCUGUUCACCUGUGCCUUCUGUCAAGCAAUCACUGCUCAAUG